GCCUUUGUGUUACUUGUGAUUUGUGAGAGCCUGAGAGGCAGGGGAAUGAGAAAAGUUUGUGGCCUAAUUCCUCUUUCAUUUCACUUUUCAUACGAAAAACAACAAACAAAACUUAACAACAACAACAACAACAACAACAACAACAACAACAAAAAGAAAGAGAGCUAAUAAAGAAAACUAGGGAGGAGAAGAAAGGAGGAAAAAUCAUUAAUUUCUUCAAUUUAUCUUCCUUCCAAACCUCCUUUUCUUCUCCAAAUUUCACCAAAAAUACUCUCUUUCUUUGAUGCAAGUAUAAACAUUUGGAGUGUUCUUGAAGUUGGAAAAUUUUGAACUUUCUUACACCCAAAAUUUUCUAUUUUUUUCCCCACUUUUCAAAUCAAAGGAGACAAAAAGAAAGAAUAAAAAAACCAUAAGGGUUCUAAUUUUUGUUUUUCCCCCUAAAUUAAUUUAGGGGAAAAAUCACAAAAUCACAAAAAAGCUGAAAUUUUAAAAUGAUAAGAUUGUGGAUAAGUUCUCUGCAAUUAGUGGAGCUUUUUGUGAGCUCUUGGGUUCAUUUGUUAUAUGGGUUUUACAUAUUUAGCACAGCCAUUGCAUAUGAUAUGUCACAAGCUUUAUGUGAUUUCUUUAAACCCAAUAUGAAUAUUGAGGUUAAAGAAGUUGCUAAUCCUCAAGAUGCUUCUUCUAUUGAUGAUUUACCACCCAUUGUUUUGGUUCAUGGCAUUUUUGGAUUUGGUCAAGGGAGAUUAGGAGGAUUGUCCUAUUUUGCUGGUGCAGAGAAGAAGGAUGAGAGAGUUUUGGUGCCUGAUUUGGGUUCUCUCACCAGCAUAUAUGAUAGGGCACGAGAAUUGUUCUAUUAUUUGAAAGGAGGUCAGGUAGAUUAUGGUGAAGAACACAGCAGAGCAUGUGGCCAUUCCCAAUUUGGAAGAAUUUAUGAACAAGGGCAUUACCCUGAAUGGGAUGAGGAUCAUCCUAUUCAUUUUGUUGGGCAUUCAGCAGGUGCACAGGUUGUUCGGGUUUUGCAGCAGAUGCUUGCUGAUAAGGCAUUUAAGGGUCAUGAAACUUCUCCAAAUUGGGUGUUGAGUAUCACCUCAUUAUCUGGAGCUUUCAAUGGGACCACAAGAACCUAUUUUGAUGGAAUGCAGCCAGAAGAUGGGAUGACCAUGAAACCCAUAUGUUUGCUUCAGCUUUGUCGAUUGGGAGUUAUCAUAUAUGAUUGGUUCGACAUUCCUUGGCUGAAGUCCUAUUAUAACUUUGGAUUUGAUCACUUUAACAUGUCAUGGAGGAAGAUAGGUGUGUGGGGUUUAGUGGACUGUCUCUUAGGUAAUGCUGGUCCAUUUGCUUCAGAAGAUUGGAUCCUUCCUGAUCUAACUAUUCAGGGUUCAAUGCGACUUAACUCCCAUUUACAGACAUUCCCAGAUACAUAUUAUUUCAGUUAUGCUACCAAGCGAACUCGACAGUUGUUGGGCUACACAGUUCCUUCUGGCAUUCUUGGGAUCCAUCCUUUGCUGUUUAUCAGAGUAUUGCAGAUGUGCAUGUGGAGCCACCCUCCUGAUGUUCCUCCUCCUUACAAAGGCUACAGGGACGAAGACUGGUGGGACAAUGAUGGAGCAUUAAACACAAUAUCCAUGAUGUAUCCUCGAUUUCCUGUCGAACAUCCUCAUCGUCUUGUCACAAAUGAUUCCGAUUGCCGGCCCUUACAACCUGGUAUCUGGUAUUACAAAAUUGUAGAAGGAGAUCACAUUCUGUUCAUUGUGAAUAGGGAGAGAGCUGGAGUUCAAUUUGAUUUGAUAUAUGACAGCAUCUUUGAACGGUGUAGGAAACAUGUUUUUAGGAAGAAACCUCAGACGCUGCCAAAUCAAACGCAACACACUGUUGCAAGUUAAUAUUACUCAGGCAGGAGAGUUAAGGGUAGUAAAUUUUUUUCUUUAUUUUGUUCUUUUUCCCUAUAUUUCCCUUCUUUCUUUGAUCAACUUAUCUUGGUCUGAUGUAAAUGUAAUAUACUGUAAGAAAAUUCUUUUUUCAGUCAAUUAUUUAUGAUAGGGUUACAUGAGAUA